AUGAAUCAUAGUAAGUUGUUUAUACAUCCUUAUAUAGCUAAAUGUGAUCACCAAAAACAUCUUCGAAACCAGGUGGAUAUAACAACACGAAACAGUUCAGAUGGUUAUGGAUCAUCAGGGAAUGAUUCAACAACUUCAUCAAAAUCCAUCAUUGUUAUUCGAGAUUUUGAACGAUCAGGACAACAUUCAGAAACAAGUGGUGCAGUGAAAACAUCAAUAGAAAAGUGUAUAUACACAACGAAUGUAACACUGCCAACAACUACAAUAACGAAUAGUGUAAAUAGCAGUUCAGCUACAAAUAAUGCAACAAUUACUGUGCCUUCUUCUGCUUCUGCUUCUCCUCCUUCGUCCACUACCACGAAUACAAUAGUCACGUACAAAAAUGAUAAACAGUAUCCAGAAAAUAGCAUUCGAUUAAUUCAACCGCAUAUCAAUCAAAAACAAUUUGACUCAUCUGUCUCAGAAUCCUACGACUCAUCAUCGUAUACAUGUGAUUCUUCAUCAUACACGAAUUCAUCAACUGUUUCAUCAACAAAUUCCUCAAUAAAUAGUAGUGUAGUAGUUGUAAUAGUACAUCAACAAGUAGAACAACAAAUUCAAUAUUAUAGUAGUAGCCCUAAGACAAAUAUCAAUGUUAAUCGUGAAAAUACCAAUACAAUACAUCCGGGACAAGAAAGUGGACAUUAUAUCUCAAUUAUAACAUCAUCAAUACACGAGGAUAAUAAUACUUCCAAGAAAGAUUCAACAAUUAUUGUCUCGCCACCACCACCACCAACAACAACAAUCAUACGAAGUAGACAGUCGAAUGCUAUUGAUUUCUCAUCAUCGGGACAAUCAUCAACCUAUGCGAACAGAAAUAAUAAUACCAGUAUCAAUAUCGACAAUAGGAAUAAUGUGAGAAAUGUUAACUGUGUCUAUAAUGACAGUGAUAAUGACGAUGAUGGCGAUGCUGAUGAUGUCGACAGUGACGACGAUGAAGACGAAGUUACCAUAAACACUAACGAUAAGAUUAAUAUUAAAAGUAAUAAAAUCAAUUAUAUCUAUCAUGAUGAGCCGAACAAUACUCAUAUCAUUCAUAAAUAUCAUAAUACAUUGAAUAAUUCUACAGUUAUUGUAACUGCUUCACCUUACAAUAAGAAUAACAGUAGUAAUAAUAACAGCAAUAACACUAGGAACAACGUGGAUGACGGUAAUACUAGUGAUACUCUGUCGAAAGCGGUUAACAAUAGUAGUAUUAGUAGUGUUAAUGGUGCUAAUUCUGUUGGUAGUACUCAAAGUGAUAAUUACCGCAUAGAGAAACCAAAACAGGCGGUUAAUUAUUAUCGUACUAACACUACUAAUAUUCAUAAUACUAGCCUUCAUAAUUCAAGAGGUUCGAAUACCUUUCAAUUAACAAUGUAUCCUAAUCAAAAUGAGAACAUCAAUAAUAGUAAUAGUAAUAGUAAUAAUAAUAAUAACAAGCAGAGAGAAUGUGUGCAAGACAGUGAUGUCUCCUUCUGUGAUAUUAUUCCAAUGUCUCCAUCAACAAGUAAAUCGUUGAAACGAUUCAUUCUAGCAAGAAGUCCAGCCAGUAGUCCAUCAAUUCUGACAACAACAUCGAACAGUGCACCACCAUCGCCUUUAAUCACUAAUAAUAAUUUAAAUGAUAAAACUAGAACACCACUUGAUUCUGUGCUGUUAUCAUCAAAUACAAGAAUACAGUCGAAUCAAUUGAGUAGGGUUGGUUUCGCGAAUGAUAAAAAUAAAACGUCAGCAACAGCACCAUCAACAACAACAUCAACAACUGCGACAAGUCAACAUCACAAUGUUGUAACUUCAUUUUCAUUGCCUUCGAAGACUUUGGUGAAUGAGAAUGUUGGCGAUGAUGAUGAGGAUGUUGACGGUGAUAACGGUGAUGGUGAUGAUGGUAGAAAUCGAUGGACACUGACACCGUUUGCACCUUAUAAUCGAUCCAAUGCAAGUUUCAGUCAACGCAGUGAAUUACAGUUGCGACAUCAAGCUACACCUCUUUUAGCUUAUCAACAUCAGCACCAACAACACAACCAACGAAUUAUUACACCAAAUAGUAAUAAUAAUAAUUAUGUUAUCAGAGAUAUUUCAACUGUAAAAUCACAGAAUAUUUCGUCAGAUGAAGAGAAUAGGAAUACAAGUUACUGGAAUUCAAGUCUCUAUAAAAGUGAUCGAGCUCCAUUAGUACUUCCAAAGCCUGGAUUUUGGACACCAGAUGUUAGAAGUUCCCGUAAAGCCUUCAAUAUAUAUGAAGAUGAUUCAAGAACUAAAGUUUGUCGAUGGUUUGAAAAAUUUGAAGCUUCACGACUACUUAUUGAUUUUGGAUUACCAAUAACUGGAUUUAGUCCAAAUUUAUCCUCGCUAGCAUUUUCACAAGUACCUGAAUGGUUCCACGGAAUACUUUCUCGAGAGCAAGCGGAACGCUUAUUAACUCAAACCGACAGAAGAGGCAGUUUCCUUUUACACUUAAAUGAAUCAUUUCCAGGUUAUGUGAUAAGUGUAUACACCUCCUCAUAUUGUGAUCAUUUCCUCGUGUCGGUGAUUGCAACACAACAACAGACAAAUAAUAAUUAUAAUAAUAGUAAUAACAAUCAGACGUCCAAUCGUGCUUUAAGUAAAAGUACAUAUCAAUUAUUUGGAGUUGCUAAUCCAGAACAAUUCACCGAUUUAAGAGAUUUAGUAAAGUAUUAUUCUGUACAUAGUUUAAGUCAGAGCAAUAGUCAAUUAUUAUUGGUUUAUCCUGUUGGACAAGAGAAUCCUGCACUUCCUGAUUAUCUGGAUAUAUUCUAUUCCCGACCAGAUCCGAAUAGUUCAACUCGAUUCUAGGCAUUUUCACCAUCAUUAUUAGUAAUAGUAGUAAUAAUAGUAAUAAUAAUCAUCUUCCUGUUGUUGUGAUGUAACAUAUCGUAUUUUCAAAUAAGACAAUUUUUUUCUUAAAAUUUUUAUUGCUCUGCUGAUUGUGAUAGUGAAAAAAAUAGAUCUGUUGAAGUAUGUUGUGUCAUCUGUCGCCUCAGACAAGCCUCAGUUACUGAGGCUUUAUAUCCUCUUCAACAAUAUCUAACUGUUUGACAGCUUCAAUCCUUCACGGUUUCAGUCAGUUUAUUCUCCCUCAUUUUCUGUUUUCUCCGCUUUUUUAAUGUGAAACACGAGAUUCCUACGACUAGCUUCCUCUUCAAAGUGAAAUUUCCUGUUUUUGGUUAGAGGAUUACAUCAUGAG